UAUAUAUUUGAGGAAAAAAUGUUCAAGUGUUGAUUAAAUAAUAAAAUCAAAAAUUUGAAAAAUAAAAUCUAUGAAGUGGCAUCGAAGGCGACAUACACCACUAAAGCGAAGAAAAACCAUAAAAAUUCAAAUUUCAAAGAGGAAAAACUGGAAGAAUAAUAGACUAAUUAAAAAAAAUCCCGAAAAAUCAAAAACUGAAAAAUAAAAACUCAAGUGUCAUCCACCGUGAGGCUCACAUCACCUGAAAAUCGAUAAUUACCAUUCCUCUACAAUUGAAAUCCAAAAACCGAUGCGAUUCCCAUAAAAUUCAAUCACUUGCAACUCAAUGAACGCAAUGCGCGGACACCUGGGAUUGACGAAGCGAUUGUAUCCGCUCGUAAUUGCCCAAUUGUGUAAUCUCUUUCGCAUAAAAAAUAUCUCAAGUGUUUUGUAAAAGCAAUGAGAGGAACGAAAAAACGAGACUCAAGGGAGAAGCAAAAAUUUCAUGUAACAAAAUUUAACUAUUGAAAUUCAUUUUGAUUGAAUGAUCGAUCAUUGAUCAGAAGUUUCAUCAGAGCCAAUCAUCAAAAUUGGCAUAAUCAAUAGAGAAAAAAUAAAGAUAAUAAAGCCAAAUCGCUAAUGCGCGGUAGCAGUUCGGAGUUACUGCUGGACGCGAACAGCCAGAGUCAAUCAAAUACCCAAAAAUACGAAGUUCAGGAGAAAGAAUUACGUCGUCGCAAACUGUUGGAACUCGGUUUUGGCGCUUCGCGGCGCCGGCCGCCCCGGCGUACCUGCCGUCAGCGGUUCAAUUUCUAUGCAACAUCAGCAUUGACAUUAGUUGCAACAUCGUGUGGUGCUGCAUUAUUAUUUCUAGUACCACUUUAUGUGGAUCCAGCGAUAAGUACACUGGCUGCUGAUUUUUCACCUGAGCCCGUUCUCUGUACGACUGUGCGAAGAGAGGAUAUUGUGGGGAUUUUCAAUUGCACUUGGAGCUCGUGUAGGGAGGGAUGUACUAGUGAUGUGUAUCGAUGUACUCAUAUUUAUGUGACGUAUACGCCGUGGAGGAAUAACAGUGGGUGGGGGAAUGAAUCGGUGGUUGGGGGCAAUCAAAUGGGAAAGGGAGUGAUUGGUGGUGAGACGAGUACUGAGGCUUCGAGCACUGCUUCUCCAGGCGAUGUCGAGGCAAUACUCAAGGUGAACAUCAAAGGCUGUGGUUAUCCACCAAUUGUCGAUUGUGAAAACUUUACACGUGAGCUUGGUUACGAGGGUGCCAAGUUUCCAUGUUAUUACAGUCGUGUUAACGGUAGCAUAGUGAUGGCAAACUAUAAUCGUCAAGCUCAGCUCGAAACAAUACUGCACUUCCUUGCUGCGCCAUUCGUUGUAACACUGGCGACGAGUGUGGCACUAUGUGUUAUGCACUGUGACUGCAGAUGUGUAGCACCACCACCUCAUCAUUCCCGGGGAAUGAGAAGAACCAGGAUGAACGAUUUAAGUGAUCACUCUAUAAGCAACCGAGUGGACCGUAGAGGGCACCCUGUCCACUGCGAAUGCGGUGAAGUGACUCGACCUUUAUGACGGCGGGAGGAAACGGCUGAGAGUACCCUCGCAACAU